UAUAUCUGACUAAUAAUUCUCAAACAUUUUAAUUUCAAAUUUAAACACAGCCAUUGAUGCAGUUUUGCUAUCAAUUAUGUGUAAACAAAAUAGUCUAAAACUGUUGAUUUUUGUGUUUGGAAGAUACUUGCAAAAAAAAAAAGAAGAAGAAAAAGAAAAAGAAAAAGAUGGAAAAUAAAUGAAAGUAAAAGCGCCGUUCUCUUUUUGUCUGUAGUUUUCUUUAAUCUUUACCAAUUAAAACGUGUAUAGUAGCAGAAUUAUUAUAAAGUAUAGUAAUGCAAAUUGUUUGUACCUUAAUGUGUUACAUGAAAAUUACAUGCACUCCAAUUAAUAAUUGAUAUGUUAUCUGUUCUUGAACUUUAAGGUGUCUUCUGAUUUCCAUAUCUUCAUUCAUAAGGAACUGAAACUGAUAAAUUCCCCAUUGGUUUCAGUUUGAUUUGUGGCACUUAGAAACACUCUCUUGCACCCAACAUAUUGAGAGGGUGAGAAGGAAAAAAGAUGUAUGUAACUAGGCCUUUGUCUAUGUACAGAAGAUCUCCAAGUACUCUAUCAAUGCCACCACCAGAUGGUCCGUAUUCAGGUUAUAUUGUGAUCACAGAUGAGGAAGCAGAAGCAGAAGACAUGUGUUGUUGGCAUCUAUACAGGCGUACGAACGUUAAGAAACUGCCUUUCCCUCAGGACAAAAUCUUUUCAAUCACUCAUGCAUCAGAGUAUCAACAAACUACAAACACCAAGGUUUGGUUUCUCCCUGUGCCUGAUCACCCUCUAUCUUCCAACCGCUACUAUGUCAUCAGAGCCAAGGGCAAACAUAAGGGGAAAGCUUACAAAUGCUCAAGAGAGGGGGACAUUGUCACAUGCUGCUUCAAUGACAUCUUGAAUGACCAAAGGCCAAAGCCUUUCAAUCUGAAAGACUUGUACCAAAUUUUCAAGAUUCAUAGUCACCAGAGUGGUGGAUUUUUUGCUAGGUCCAUUACUCCUGAUGGCAUUCCUCCCUCGUUCCUAAGAAAAAAAGGAUGGAGAAUUAGAAUAUCAGGCUCAUAUAGAUCUUGCAGACUAAGUGAAGCUCUUGGUGUUGAUGCUCCUCUUAGGGAGCAGCUUCCAGAUUUCAAUUUCCCCAUCUCUAGAAAACGUUCACCUCCUGUGACAGUAGGAAAAUGGUACUGCCCAUUCAUAUUUGUGAGGGAUGGAACAAGAGUUAAGCACCAAAUGAAGAGGAGCAUGUAUUACAGCAUGACACUUGAGCAAAGGUGGGAAGAGGUUUACACUUGUGGCAGUGAUGAGAGUGAAGAGGGUGUUGUGGUUGUGAAUGUGUGUGUGGAUAGAGAGGUGGUUUCGGUGUCUGGCAUGGAAGCCACAAGGAAUGCAACAACGGAUGGUAAUGGUUUCUUUUGGUUUAGAGCAUAUGAUCCAUAUAAUAGGAGAAGGGCCAAUGUGGGUUUGAGUUCAGCAAUUGUUGAGCACAUGAGAUGGGUGCAAGAGGCAGGAGGAUGGGCUUAUGGUCAUGGAAGAGAAAGGGUGGCGAGAGUGAGAGAAGAGGCAAGAAGCCAGAGUGAAUGGCUAAGGUUUGGGUGUUAUCUGUUGGUGGAAAGUUUCUGUUUGAGGACAUUGGAUGGGAAAUUAUUGUUGAGAUAUGACUUUAGGCACACACACAAGGUCAAAUGCAAAUGGGAGUAAGGACUAACGAUUAAGUUUACAAGAAAACUUAGAAGCAGUUUUAUAAGUACUUUUGAUGUUAAUUAGAAUUGGAAAUUUUAUCUCGUUAUUGUUGGCAAAAGAGGUGUUUGAGUCAGAAACAUGAAGCGUUUUAAUUGAUAUG